UCGUUAGUGGUAGCAUAAAAAUGCAUUGAAGAGUUAAAAAAAAACACUGUUUACAAAGUAACAAAGUUAAGACUCCAUGACGAGUUUCCUGUGAGCUGAACUCCUGCCAGGACAUUACAGAUACACGUCACGUGACACGAGCACGUGCCUAGUAAGUGAAAAUAAGUGCGCUUCUCGUCAAUGGACGUUGGCGCUCGUCGUACCUGCCUAGGAAGUGCGCUAUGUGCUCCUGACAGUGGUCCAGGUAGCCGCUGCCGUGCAGGGUGGAGUUGGACACUAGUAGCAGUCUCCUGUUCAUUGUCGGUGAAGUCCAGCUGCCUCUUACCCGAAUGUCAUGUGCGGUCAUGUGACCAGCGCAGCAAAGUUCUAGUGGGGAGAGGAAGUCAGCGAUUGACCAAUCACAAAGGAGGAUCAUAUUUUUUUUCAAAUCCAGGUUCAUACGUCAUUUGGAGGGUGUUCUUAAUGAAGUGACUGAUUUGCUGACCCAAUAGUUUUUCUCGUUCGUGUUUUAUCGGCAGGCGAUGACGUCACAAGCGGCGCCUCUGAAAGAGCGGUGGGCGGGGCUUAGUACCCACAUCUGGAUGAAAAACAUCUGGACAGCUCGGUCCGCGUCCAUGACGCUCUCUCAAUCCGUCCAGGUACCGGACACACACCGAGCGACGUCCGAACGUCCCGGAAGACGAUGGCUCGGUUCCGGACCAUUUUGCUGACGGCUGUGGUCCUCCUGAGCGUCUCGGCAGUGAUGUCUCUGAGCCAUCUCAACUUCAACCUGUGUAAGUGGUGCGAAACGUCCAGUCCGGCGUGCCAGGAUGACAUCUGCCUUUCCAACUGCUCCUUGUCCUCCUACUGCACUUCCCUGGAGGAGAUCUGCGUCUCCAUAUGGAGGAAGACAAAUGGCACGGCGACAGUGCACACCAUGUGUCACAACCCCGCGCUGCCGCUAGAAGGUGUGGAGGUGGGGCUUCUGCGCAACAUCACUUCCAGGGAGUGUCAUAUGGUGGGGCAGCCAGCAGAAGUAGGCGUGGCCAUGGUGUGCGCUUGCCGUGGCGAACACGAAUGCAACGACAAGCUGAUCUUUGCAGACGGCUUCUCCAGGUUACAGAGCAAAGAUGUGGCCCCUGUGGUGGCUGCUAGCCUGCUCCUGCCCCUCCUGCUGGCUGCCGUCGCCACAGUCGUCUUCUGUUUCCAUCGCACACGCCACCAAGGCAAACACGGCUGCCCAGCCCACUUCUGGUGGCCCGCCAAAACCAACGUGGACCGUCCUUGUGUGGGCCAACUAGAGAGCAGUGUCCAAAGAGAGGAGUUGACUGCCAAGGUGGCACCACUUCACAGUAAUGUGGGUGGGCCACUACCCAUCAAGCUGGAGGCACUGCUGGGCAAAGGCCGCUUUGCCGAGGUCUGGAGGGCGUGUCUGCUUCCGGGCGACACGGUAGCAGUCAAAGUGUUUCCCGGCGCAGAAUAUGCCUCGUGGAGAAACGAGUGUGCCAUCUUGUCUGAUCCCGAGCUGAAACACGAUAAUGUUGUUGGAUUCCGUGCAGCCGAAGUCCGGGGUCCAGUGGGUCACGCUAUGACCGCAUACUGGCUGGUCUUGACCUAUCAUGACCGCGGAAACCUGCAAGACUUCCUUGUGACUAAUGUCCUCAGCUGGGAGGAACUAAUUACCAUGGCAACCAGCAUUGCCCGCGGCUUGGCUCACCUUCACAGUGACACCACGCCCAAUGGGUCACCCAAGGUGCCUGUGGCUCAUCGGGAUGUGAAGAGCAGCAACAUUGUGCUGAAGAAGAAUGGGGAAUGUGUUCUGUGUGACUUCGGCCUGGCACUCAAACUGGACUUGUCCCUCACGGUGGACGACUAUGCUAACAGUGGACAGGUGGGCACGGCUCGCUACAUGGCUCCAGAGGUUCUGGAGUCCAGAGUGAACCUGGAUGAUGUGGAGGCCUUUAAGCAGAUGGAUGUUUACUCCAUGGCUCUGGUCCUCUGGGAGAUGGCUUCCCGAUGCCACACCAUCGGAGAGGUGAACAACUAUGAGCCAGCGUUUGGCUCCAAAGUGUGCGAGCAUCCAUGCGUUGACAGCAUGAGAGACCUGGUGCUGAGGGACCGACGGCGACCUGACAUUCCAACCGCCUGGACGCAGCAUCAGGGAAUGAACGUCUUCUGCUCCACCGUGGUGGAGUGCUGGGAUCACGACCCUGAGGCCCGGCUGACGGCACCCUGUGUGCUGGAGCGCUUCACCACCCUGCAACGAGAAGAGGCAGAAACAGCGAACAGGUCAGAAGGUCACGAAAGUGGAGCAAAAACGUCAGAGGACGUCAGCUAUGUUGAAAGCGUACCUCCUCUGUGAUUCCAUGAAGACAUUUUUGUGCAGGCCGCUGGUCUCCACCUGGUGACCAGGUAAGCAUGCCUGAUGUCGUCACUGACAGCAGAAGUCAUGUGACGCUGUGACUUCAACAUCAACAAACAAUCUUGUGAUCCUUUCUUGCCAACUCUGCUGACCUAACACAUUUUUUCUACCUAAAAUGGUCAAGGGGAGGCAUCCCAGUACAUCACUUACAGCAUGUGAAGCAACAGGAAGUGGCUUCUCCAACAGGGUCAACAUCAAACAGUGCUGCUCUAUCUGCUGGCUAUGCUUUUUGUGUCUAAUUGCACUAAGAAGCCUGGACAGACAGACUGUUUGCUGCUUUAGUUGGAAAGAAAAAAACAGAAAUCAUGCACUAAAAAAGCCGACCAGUGACAUGUUUGUGGUGUGCGCUGCCCUUGACGCAAGGUUAGAAAUUCUUUGAAGGUGCACAUCAAGCUCAGCCAGACGGUUUGGAGGGGGCGGCGUUCGUCAGGCACCAUUUGUAGUAUCAUGCAGGCUUAAUUCCCAAACCCAGCUCUUAACCUUUCUACCAAUACAGCCAUAUUGUGGAUUGUAACCCCUGACCCCUUAAUCCUACCCCAACCCAGAACCCUAACCCCUUAAUCCUACCCCAACCCAGAACCCUAAACCCUUAAUCCUACCCCAACCCAGAACCCCAAACCUUUAAUCCUACCCAAACCCAGAACCCUAAACCGUUAAUCCUACCCCAAAACAUAACCCUAACCCCUUAAUCCUACCCCAACCCAGAACCCUAACCCCAUAAUCCUACCCUAACCCCUUAAUCCUACCCCAACCCAGAACCCUAACCUCUUAAUCUUAUCCCAACCCAGAACCCUAACCCCUUAAUCCUACCCCAACCCAGAACCCUAACCCCUUAAUCCUACCCCAACCCAGAACCCUAACCCCUUAAUCCUAUCCCAACCCAGAACCCUACCCCCUUAAUCAUAUCCCAACCCAGAACCCUAACCCCUUAAUCCUACCCCAACCCAGAACCUUAAACCCUUAAUCCUACCCCAAACCAUAACCCUAACCCCUUAAUCCUACCCCAACCCAGAACCCUAACCCUUUAGUCCUACCCUAACCCCUUAUCCUACCCCAACCCAUAACCCUAACCUCUUAAUCUUAUCCCAACCCAGAACCCUGACCCCUUAAUCCUACCCCAACCCAUAACCCUUACCUCUUAAUCUUAUCCCAACCCAGAACCCUAACCCCUUAAUCCUACACCAACCCAGAACGCUAGCCCCUUAAUCCUAGCCCAACCCAUAACCCUAACCCCUUAAUCUUAUCCCAACCCAUAACCCAAACCCCUUAAUCUUAUCCCAACCCAGAACCCUAACCCCUUAAUCCUAUCCCAACCCAGAACCCUAACCCCUUAAUCCUACCCCAACCCAGAACCCUAACCCCAAACCAGCUAACUAAUUCUACCAACACAGCACAGAGCCCAAACUGAUAAGCUGCUGGGCACCCAGUACAGAUUAUGUGCUAUGUGAAGCACUACACCACCUGUGACCCCAGACCUUUGACUGUCUCACAUAGUGGUCCAGUGGGUAGCGAACAAAACCAGAUGCGUGAUUAUUUAUAUGGAUAAAAGCUAAAUGGAGAUAAUAAACAUUUACAGAACAUGACUCAGCAAAUCAUUUCAACUUUAUUUUGUUUGUCAGCAGAAGAAUUUGGACAGUGACAUUGAAUAAAACAUGUGAAGGUUUGUAUAUGGAUGUUU